GGCGCGGAGGCUGGCCCGGGACGCGCCCGGAGCCCAGGGAAGAAGGGAGGAGGGAGGAGGGAGGGUCGCGGCCGGCCGCCAUGGGGCCGGGGACCCGGGGCCGCCGCCGCCGCCGUCGCCCGAUGUCGGCGCCGCCACCGCUGCCGCCCGUGCGGGUGCUGCCCCUGUUGCUACUGCUCGCGGGGCCCGGGGCUGCAGCCCCCCCUUGCCUGGACGGAAGCCCGUGUAUGAAUGGAGGUCGCUGCACCCAGCUGCCCUCCCGGGAGGCUGCCUGCCUGUGCCCUCCAGGAUGGGUGGGUGAGCGGUGCCAGCUGGAGGACCCCUGCCAUUCGGGCCCCUGUGCUGGCCGUGGUGUCUGCCAGAGCUCGGUGGUGGCAGGCGCUGCCCGGUUCUCCUGCCGCUGCCCCCGUGGCUUCCGGGGUCCCGACUGCUCCCUGCCGGACCCCUGCCUCAGCAGCCCCUGUGCCCAUGGUGCCCGCUGCUCCGUGGGGCCCGAUGGCCGCUACCUCUGCUCCUGCCCGCCUGGCUACCAGGGCCGCAGCUGCCGAAGCGAUGUGGAUGAGUGCCGGGUGGGAGGGCCAUGCCGCCACGGUGGCACCUGCCUCAACACGCCUGGUUCCUUCCGCUGCCAGUGCCCAGCUGGCUACAUGGGGCCACUGUGUGAGAACACUGCAGUGCCCUGCGCCCCCUCGCCGUGCCGAAACGGGGGCACAUGUAGACAGAGUGGCGACCUCACCUACGACUGUGCCUGCCUUCCCGGGUUCGAGGGCCAGAACUGUGAAGUGAAUGUGGAUGACUGUCCAGGGCACCGCUGUCUAAAUGGGGGCACGUGUGUGGAUGGCGUCAACACCUACAACUGCCAGUGCCCUCCUGAGUGGACAGGGCAAUUCUGCACGGAGGAUGUGGAUGAAUGCCAGCUGCAGCCCAAUGCUUGCCACAACGGGGGCACCUGUUUCAACACACUGGGUGGCCACAGCUGUGUGUGUGUCAACGGCUGGACAGGCGAGAGCUGCAGUCAGAAUAUCGAUGACUGUGCCACGGCCGUGUGCUUCCAUGGGGCCACCUGCCAUGACCGCGUGGCCUCGUUCUACUGUGCCUGCCCCAUGGGCAAGACUGGGCUUCUCUGUCAUCUGGAUGACGCCUGUGUCAGCAACCCCUGUCACGAGGAUGCUAUCUGUGACACGAACCCGGUGAACGGACGGGCCAUCUGCACCUGUCCACCAGGCUUCACCGGCGGGGCAUGUGACCAGGAUGUGGAUGAGUGCUCCAUUGGCGCCAACCCGUGUGAGCACCUGGGCCGGUGUGUGAACACACAGGGCUCAUUCCUGUGCCAGUGUGGCCGUGGGUACACAGGCCCGCGCUGCGAGACCGACGUCAACGAGUGCCUAUCGGGGCCCUGCCGCAACCAGGCCACGUGCCUCGACCGCAUAGGCCAGUUCACCUGCAUCUGCAUGGCAGGCUUUACAGGCACCUAUUGUGAGGUGGACGUGGAUGAGUGUCAGAGCAGCCCGUGUGUUAAUGGCGGGGUCUGCAAGGACAGAGUCAACGGCUUCAGCUGCACCUGCCCCUCGGGCUUCAGCGGGGCCAUGUGUCAGCUGGAUGUGGAUGAGUGCGCCAGCACACCUUGUCGGAAUGGAGCCAAAUGUGUGGACCAGCCCGAUGGCUACGAAUGUCGCUGCGCAGAGGGUUUCGAAGGCACUCUGUGUGAGCGCAACGUGGAUGACUGUUCCCCGGACCCGUGCCACCACGGGCGCUGUGUGGAUGGCAUCGCCAGCUUCUCCUGCGCCUGUGCCCCGGGAUACACAGGCACACGCUGCGAGAGCCAGGUGGACGAGUGCCGCAGCCAGCCCUGCCGCCACGGAGGCAAAUGUCUAGACUUGGUGGACAAGUAUCUCUGCCGCUGCCCUCCUGGCACCACAGGAGUGAACUGCGAGGUGAACAUUGAUGAUUGUGCCAGCAACCCCUGCACCUUUGGAGUCUGCCGGGAUGGCAUCAACCGCUAUGACUGUGUCUGCCAGCCUGGCUUCACAGGGCCCCUUUGCAACGUGGAGAUCAACGAGUGUGCGUCCAGCCCGUGUGGUGAUGGAGGCUCCUGUGUGGAUGGGGAAAAUGGCUUCCGCUGCCUCUGCCCACCUGGCUCCCUGCCCCCGCUCUGCCUUCCCACGAGCCAUCCCUGUGCCCAAGAACCCUGCAGUCACGGUGUCUGCCACGAUGCGCCUGGAGGGUUCCGCUGCAUGUGUGAGCCUGGCUGGAGUGGCCCCCGAUGCAGCCAGAGCCUUGCUCGAGAUGCCUGUGAAUCCCAGCCCUGCCGGUCUGGUGGCACCUGCACCAGUGAUGGAAUCGGCUUCCACUGUACCUGUCCCCCUGGUGUCCAGGGCCGUCAGUGUGAGCUGCCAUCGCCCUGUACUCCAAACCCCUGUGAGCAUGGGGGUCACUGUGAGUCUGCCCCUGGCCAGCUGCCUGUCUGCUCCUGCCCUCCUGGCUGGCAAGGCCCACGAUGCCAGCAGGAUGUGGAUGAAUGUGCUGGCCCCUCACCCUGUGGCUCCCACGGUACCUGCACCAACCUGGCGGGGAGUUUCAGCUGUACCUGCCACGAGGGGUAUAGUGGCCCUUCCUGUGAUCAGGACAUCGAUGACUGUGACCCCAACCCCUGCCUGAAUGGUGGCUCCUGCCAGGAUGGCGUGGGCUCCUUUUCAUGCUCCUGCCUCCCUGGCUUUGCUGGUCCCCGCUGUGCCCACGACGUGGAUGAGUGUCUGAGCAGCCCCUGUGGCCCCGGCACCUGCGCCGACCACGUGGCCUCCUUUACCUGCACGUGCCCACCUGGAUAUGGAGGCUUCCGCUGUGAGCAGGACCUACCCGACUGCAGCCCCAGCUCCUGCUUCCACGGCGGGACCUGUGUGGACGGCGUGAACUCGUUCAGCUGCCAGUGCCGCCCGGGCUACACGGGCACACACUGCCAACACGAGGCCGACCCCUGCGUCUCUCGGCCCUGCCUGCACGGGGGCGUCUGCACGGCCGCCCGCCCUGGCUUCCGCUGCACCUGUCCGGAGGGCUUCACUGGCGCUCAGUGCCAGACGCUGGUAGACUGGUGCAGCCACGCGCCCUGUCAGAACGGGGGUCGCUGUGCCCGGAGCGGGGCCUCCUUCUACUGCCUUUGCCCUCCGGGUUGGAGCGGCCGCGUCUGUGACAUCCGGAGUGUGCCCUGCAGGGAGGCCGCAGCCCAGAUUGGGGUGCGGCUGGAAGAGCUGUGUCAGACUGGUGGGCAGUGCGUGGACAAGGACAAUUCCCACUAUUGCGUGUGUCCAGAAGGCCGCACGGGCAGCCACUGUGAGCAGGAGGUGGACCCCUGCUUGGCCCAGCCCUGCCAGCAUGGGGGCACCUGCCGCGGCUACAUGGGGGGUUAUGUGUGCGAGUGUCCAGCUGGCUACACCGGGGACGACUGUGAGGAUGAUGUGGACGAGUGCGCCUCCCAGCCCUGCCAGAACGGGGGCUUCUGCAUUGACCUCGUGGCCCGCUAUCUCUGCUCCUGCCCCCCGGGAACGCUGGGUGUGCUCUGUGAGAUUAAUGAGGACGACUGUGGCCCAGGCCCACCCCUGGACCAGGGCCCCCGGUGCCUGCACAAUGGUACCUGUGUGGACCUCGUGGGUGGCUUCCGCUGCACCUGCCCCCCUGGGUACACUGGCCUGCGCUGUGAGGCGGACAUCAAUGAGUGUCACCCGGGUGCCUGCCACGAUGCACACACCCGGGACUGUCUGCAGGACCCAGGUGGGGGCUUCCGCUGCCUUUGUCGUGUGGGCUUCACAGGUCCCCGCUGUCAGACCGUCCUGUCUCCCUGUGAGUCCCAGCCAUGCCAGCACGGAGGCCAGUGCCGUCCCAGCCCAGGACCUGGGGGUGUGCUGACAUUUACCUGCAGCUGCGUUCCGCCGUUCUGGGGUCCGCGUUGCGAGCGGGUGGCGCGCUCCUGCCGGGAGCUGCAGUGCCCGGCGGGCGUCCCGUGCCAGCAGACGGUCCGUGGGCCGCGCUGCGCCUGCCCCCCGGGACUGUCGGGGCCCGCCUGCCGGGGCUCGCGGGGGUCGCCGCCGGGGGCCGCCAACGCCAGCUGCCUGGCCUCCCCCUGCCUCCACGGCGGCUCCUGCGGCCCCGCGCCCCUCGCACCUUUCUUCCGCUGCGCGUGCGCGCCAGGCUGGGACGGACCGCGCUGCGAGGUGCCCGCGGCGGCGCCCGAGGCCCCCGAGGAGCCGCUGUGCCCGAGCGCCGCCUGCGAGGCCAAGAGCGGGGACAAGCGCUGCGACCGCGAGUGCAACAGCCCGGGCUGCGGCUGGGACGGCGGCGACUGCUCGCUGAGCGUGGGCGACCCCUGGCGGCAGUGCGCGGCGCUGCAGUGCUGGCGCCUCUUCAACAACAGCCGCUGCGACCCCGCCUGCAGCUCGCCCGCCUGCCUCUAUGACAACUUCGACUGCCGCGCGGGCGGCCGGGAGCGCGCCUGCAACCCCGUGUACGAGAAGUACUGUGCGGACCACUUUGCGGACGGCCGCUGCGACCAGGGCUGCAACACGGAGGAGUGCGGCUGGGACGGGCUGGACUGCGCGGGCGAGGUGCCCGCCCUGCUGGCCCGCGGCGUGCUGGUGCUCACCGUGCUGCUCCCGCCCGAGGAGCUGCUGCGCUCCAGCGCCGACUUCCUGCAGCGGCUGAGCGGCAUCCUGCGCACGUCGCUGCGCUUCCGCCUGGACGAACACGGUCAGGCCAUGGUCUUCCCGUACCACCGGCCCGGCCCUGGCGCCGAAUCCCGGAACCGGCGGGAGCUGGCCCCGGAGGUGAUCGGCUCUGUGGUGAUGCUGGAGAUUGACAACCGGCUGUGCCUGCAGUCACCGGAGAAUGACCACUGCUUCCCCGACGCCCAGAGUGCGGCCGACUACCUGGGAGCCUUGUCGGCGGUGGAACGCCUUGACUUCCCGUACCCGUUGCGGGCCGUGCGAGGGGAGCCGCUGGAGCUGCCGGAGCCGAGCAUGCCGCUGCUUCCGCUGCUGGCCGCCAGCGCCGUCUUCCUGCUGGCCAUCCUCGUGCUGGGCGUCAUGGUGGCCCGGCGCAAGCGUGAGCACAGCACCCUCUGGUUCCCCGAGGGCUUCGCGCUCCACAAGGAUGUGGCUGCCGGCCACAAGGGCCGCCGGGAGCCCGUGGGCCAAGACGCGCUGGGCAUGAAGAACAUGGCCAAGAGCGAGAGUCUGAUGGGGCAGGUGGCCACAGACUGGAUGGACACUGAGUGCCCAGAAGCGAAGCGACUGAAGGUAGAGGACCCUGGUGUGGGGGCCGAGGAUGCUGUGGAUUGUCGCCAGUGGACUCAACACCACCUGGUUGCAGCUGACAUCCGUGUGGCACCAGCCAUGGCCUUGACGCCCCCACAGGGCGAUGUGGAUGCUGAUGGCGUGGAUGUCAAUGUGCGUGGCCCAGACGGAUUCACCCCACUGAUGCUGGCCUCUUUCUGUGGCGGGGCUCUGGAGCCAAUGCCCACCGAGGAGGAUGAGGCAGAAGAUGCGUCAGCCAGCAUCAUCUCAGACCUGAUCUGCCAGGGAGCCCAGCUUGGGGCACGGACUGACCGCACGGGCGAGACAGCCCUGCACCUCGCUGCCCGCUAUGCCCGGGCCGAUGCGGCCAAGCGGCUGCUGGAUGCCGGGGCAGACACCAAUGCCCAGGACCAUUCAGGCCGCACUCCUUUGCACACUGCUGUCACUGCUGAUGCCCAAGGCGUCUUCCAGAUUCUCAUCCGGAACCGCUCCACAGACCUGGAUGCCCGCAUGGCGGAUGGUUCAACGGCGCUAAUCCUCGCAGCCCGUCUGGCGGUGGAGGGCAUGGUGGAAGAACUCAUUGCCAGCCACGCUGAUGUCAAUGCUGUGGAUGAGCUUGGGAAAUCAGCCUUACACUGGGCAGCAGCCGUCAACAAUGUGGAGGCCACGUUGGCCCUGCUCAAAAAUGGAGCCAACAAGGACAUGCAGGAUAGCAAGGAGGAAACUCCACUGUUUCUGGCCGCCCGGGAGGGCAGCUAUGAGGCUGCCAAGCUGCUGCUGGACCACUUCGCCAACCGUGAGAUCACAGACCACCUGGACAGGCUGCCUCGGGACGUGGCCCAGGAGCGGCUGCACCAGGACAUCGUGAGCCUGCUGGACCAGCCCAGUGGGCCCCGGAGCCCUCCCGGCCCGCAUGGCCUGGGGCCCCUCCUCUGCCCACCGGGGGCCUUCCUCCCGGGCCUCAAGGUGGCACAGUCUGGGGGCAAGAAGAGCCGGAGGCCACCGGGGAAGGCGGGGCUGGGGCCGCAGGGCGCCCGGGGGCGGGGCAAGAAGCUGACGCUGGCCUGCCCCGGUCCCCUGGCCGAGAGCUCGGUCACGCUGUCGCCCGUGGACUCGCUGGACUCCCCGCGGCCCUUCGGUGGGCCCCCCGCGUCCCCUGGCGGCUUCUCCCUCGUUCCUGCUGCCGCUGGCGCCGGGACCCCAGCUGCUGAACCCCGGGACCCCCGUGUCGCCCCAGGAGCGGCCCCCACCGUACCUGGCGGCCCCGGGACACGGCGAGGAGUACCCGGCAGCUGGCGCCCACAGCAGCCCCCCCAAGGCCCGCUUCCUGAGGGUCCCCAGCGAGCACCCUUACCUGACCCCCUCCCCCGAGUCCCCCGAGCACUGGGCCAGCCCCUCGCCUCCCUCCCUCUCGGACUGGUCAGACUCCACGCCCAGCCCAGCCACUGCCACCGGGCCCGCGGCCACAGCCGCUGGGGCGCUGCCUGCCCAGCCGCUCCCCCUUUCUGUCCCAGGCCCGCUAGCUCAGGCCCAGACCCAGCUGGGGCCCCAGCCCGAAGUCACCCCCAAGAGGCAGGUGUUGGCCUGAGAGCUCUCCAGUUCCUGGGUCUUGGGGGGCUGAACAGACAUCCUGUCCUGAUUCUCUCUCUUCCCCCCGCUUCCUUUGUAGACCUUUCCCUUUUCUUUUCUCUCCACCAGCCUCCUCGCACCGGUCCGACUCCCCCUCGAAGUGUGGCUGAGAUAGGUCCGCAGCCUCGGCUUUCAGUCCUGCUUUAUUUAUAGGGGGUGCGGGCUGACUCCCCCCCACCCCCUGGGUCUUGAGAUGAGCCUGGGGCCUCCUCCUGCACCCCCCCAUCCCCAUGCUUCCGUCCCUCCCCCCUCUCCUGCCUCCUCUGGUCUCUCUCCUUACACUCCGACACGAGUGAAUUAUUAUUAUUUUUUUUUACAUUUUGUAUAGAAACAAAUUCAUUUAAACAAACUUAUUAUUAUUAUUAUUUUUUACAAAAUAUAUAUAUGGAGACGCUCCCUGCCCCUGCAAACCCCCCAGUGCCCCCGUGGGGCUGAGUCUGUGGGCCCAUUCGGCCAAGCUGGACCCUGUGUACCGAGUACACAGGCGUGACCGGGAUCCUGUGUACCGAGUACACAACCCUGGUGUGUACCAAGUAGGCACCCUUGGGCGCACCCUCCGGGGCGGGGGGCGGGUGAGACUUGGGAGCCUGUUUCCUCCCCCAUGUCCCUCACUUCACUGCAUUCCAGAUGGAACUUGUUCUAUAGCUUUGCUGGGGGGAGGGCUCUUCUGGCCCAGAGAGCCCGCCCCAGGUCCCCCCAACCCUAGAGCCGGGGCCAUCUCUCUUGGGGAGCUGGGUGGGGGUGGCUGGUGAGAACGUGAGGACCAGGGGAGAUGUGUGCAUGUCACUUUGCCUCCCUCUAAAUACGGGACUGCAGGAAGGGAAUGAGCUGCCUGGUGGCACCCCUCCCCUGGUACUUCCCCCCACACCCCCCCGCCCAGCCCCGGGGGCAAAAUAGGAGUAUUUUUAGGCUAUUUUUGUAAUGUGGCUUCUGGUCACUAUCCCUGUGUAGCUAAAUUCCCUUGCAUUGUACAGCCCCCAGUCCCCUCACCACCUAAUAAAGGAAUAGUUAACACUCAA